AUGGCCAAAGCACAGGAGCAGCCCCCGGCUCUCUCGGAUAUCCAGGUCCUGGUGCUGACGGGCGUCACCCUCCCGGCCGCGCUGCUCAGCCUCCUGGGCAGCGGAUCCGUUCUCGCUGUCACCUCCUGGCAGGGGCGCUGCUGCCACAUCCAGCUGCGCCCCCUGUUCCUCCUGGCCCUGGCAGAUUUCCUGGGUGCCACCGCACUGCUGGGCACGGGAACCAUCCCGCUGCUGCCCGCCCCGCUCUCCGUGCCCGCCUACGCCGCCUGUCCCUACGGGCGGAUGCUGACCACGACCUCCUACGCCGUCUCGUUCCUCAUGGUCGUUGUUUACGCCUACGAGUCGCACCGCACCGUCCUGGGGGGGCGAGCCCGGCCCCCGGCAGCGCUGCAGGAGCGGAGCCGCUGCCUGGAGAGCGCCUGGCAGGGAAUUCCCUACGUGCUGGCCUGGCUGGUGCCCGCGCUGACGCUCCUGGCGCAGCUGCUCGCCCGCGGCACCUCCGCCGCCGACAUCGCGCCCGCGGUGCCCUGGGCCGGCUCCAACGACACCUUCAGCCUUUACUGCUCCAGCUGCCUCCUUCUGAUCCACCCGAACCAGGACAUCUGCUCCCAGUCCGGCGGGGGCAAGAACGCGGGGCUGGAGGAGAAAAUCAUCUUCCUGCUGUACCUGCUGCUGGUGCUCGGCUGCUGCUCGCUCCUGUACCGGCGGGUGCGGCUCCGCUGCCGGGGGAACGCGGCGCUGCCGCUGCUCAGCCUGGACCGGGACGGCGGCUUCGGGGGCAGGAGCGGCCGCAGCGUCAGCAAAGCCUCGCUGUACUUCCAGCUGGUUUUCCUGCUCUGCUGGACGCCAGCCUUCCUCCUCACCAUCCUCUCCUUCACCAGCAUCAGCCCUGCCUCGCUCUUUGUGCUCUACGUGUCCACAGCCCUGAGUGUGUCCCUGCAGGGCUUCCUGCACAGUCUGGUCUACGGCUGGAUGAGGGAGAACUUCCGACGGGAGGUGCUGGCCCGGAGCCUCUCCCUGCAGAGCCCCGAAGGGGUCAAGGCUUUCUACGACAACUCCCUGGGGGCUGCUUCCUGAGGUCCCACCUCAUCCCAGUCCCUGGGGGCUGUUCCCUGAGCCCCCACCUCAUCCCA